CGCUUUUUCGCAAGACAUCGUACAAGUUACCUAGAGUAGGAAAGGAAGAGUCUGUAAGGGGCGUUGCAUGGGAGAACGCGCGAAUAUUUAUUUAUUUAGUUCCGGUGUAGGAGGUAGUUAGUAACUCGUAGCUAUAAUGUCUAAGAAGAAGGGAUUAAGUGUGGAAGAGAAAAGAACUCGUAUGAUGGAACUGUUUUUUGAGAAAAAAGAUGUGUACCAGUUGAAAGAUCUUGAAAAAAUUGCUCCCAAAGAAAAAGGAAUCACUUCAAUGUCUGUGAAGGAUGUUCUCCAGAGUUUGGUUGACGAUGCUUUGGUGGAUUCAGAUAGAAUUGGUACAUCCAACUACUUUUGGGCCUUUCCAAGUAAAGCUAUUCAUGCAAGGAAACGUAAACUGGAAAUGCUGGAAUCCCAGCUUUCUGAGGGCAUUCAGAAGAAGAAGAUUCUACAACAGAACAUAGAAAAAGCAAAAGUGGGCCGCCAGGACACUGAAGACAGAGCAGACUUGUUGAAAGAACUUCUGGCACUAAGGCAGCAGAGAGACCAACUGAAGGCAGAUAUUGAAAAGUACAGAGACUGUGAUCCCGAGGUUGUAGAAGAAAUAAAACCUAAAAAUGAUGAAGAAAAGAAGGAAAAGUGGCUCAGGUGCUAUCUUGAUAGAACUAAAACCUACAGAAAUUCUGAUCAGUUGCUCAUUUCUUAUGAAGGACAGUCAAACAAAAUAGCUAAGGAAGCAGCUAACAGAUGGACAGGUGUGUAUUUCUUAAUGAGAAUGCCUUAA